GGCCAAUCACGCGUCGCCUUCCUGGGCCGCCGUUGACAAGGAGGACGAUGACCGAGUCGGAGGUCCGGCUGCAGCGCUACCUCGGCUUCUACGUCGACGCCAAGGACGAGCGCAGCGCAUGGUGCGAGGCUGUUGUGACGCACAUCAACCGCACGACCGACACGGUCCGGGUCCACUACGUGGGCUACCACGAGCGCUACAACCGAUGGCUGACGCUAGACAACCUCGCGCCUUUCCAAACGUUCUCAAGCCGCUCCGACAAGCCGCUGGUGCCAAACCGGCCCAUCUGGAGCGGCGACGCGUCCGUCCUGACGGGCUUCAACAGCUUCAUCCAAGAGUCAACGCACAAAGUACCCGAGAAGGCGAAAGGAAAAGGCAAGAAGCGCAAGACGAUCGACUACUCGAGCAAUCGCAGCCGACCAAGAAAAGCCAAGCCGGCUGCCGCCUCGACGGUCGAAGCGCCUACUGAGGAGCCUUCCGUGCACUCGCCCCAGGAGUGUAUGAUCAACCCGUCCCGGAGCAUGGGAGUGACCCUCGCACUCUCUCCGGUGGCAUCCCCCGCCAAAGCGACGAGCGCAUUGCUCUCGUCGCCGUCCAAGGACGUCCAAGCAUCCCUUGCCGCUCUUGAUCGCCAUGUUGACUCUGACAAGAAUCUCGCAGACGUGCAAAACGCGAUACCCGGCGCCACCGAGAGACCUUUGACCAAGCGAGUCGUCUCCAUCAAGGCCGGCUCGCCACCGCGCCGAGCCACGCGGUCACGGACGCCCCAUGCUCUCAUCCCACGUGACGGCGUGAACCUCAGCGCGCCUCUCAAGAGCUCUGGCGCAACAGCACCGCUUGUGCCCGACGUUGUCUUCCAAGACAUGGCACCCGACGCCCGCAGCGAGCUUCGGGAGACGAACUUGCGUCACAUGCACGACGCGUCGGCCUUCAUGGCCGCGUGCAUCGCCGAGUUCCAGGCCAACGUUUCGACCGCGUAAGCGAGCUCGACGCUAUCACGUCCUAAUAUAUGUACUGUACGGAGAGGUUGGGCGAAUG